CUCAGCGCCCGGCCCCUCCCAAUCACGCAGCGGACGUGACACGUGCGGCGGGGUCACGUGAUGUUGUUGGGGGGCCCCUCGAAAGCUGCUUCCGGGUCAAUGCAGGACACUGGGCUCUGGCGGCCGGAGAGGGGGUCGAGGUGAAGCGGAGCCGGGCCGGGGCCGGCCGGGAGCAGGCCGGAGGCCGAGCGGAGGCGACGGCGGUGGCCGGGCGGGCGGAGGCGCAGCCGGAGCAGCCGCCGCCUCCCGGGCCGAGGGACUUUUCAGAAAAGAAGAUGGACCAGCCUAGUGGAAGAAGUUUUAUGCAAGUAUUGUGUGAAAAAUACAGUCCUGAAAACUUCCCUUACCGUCGUGGCCCUGGGAUGGGAGUCCAUGUCCCAGCCACUCCUCAGGGCUCUCCCAUGAAAGAUCGCCUCAACCUCCCAAGUGUGCUCGUGUUGAAUAGCUGUGGGAUUACCUGUGCAGGAGAUGAAAGAGAAAUUGCUGCCUUCUGCGCUCACGUGUCCGAACUCGAUCUUUCUGACAACAAACUGGAAGACUGGCACGAGGUCAGUAAGAUUGUGUCAAAUGUUCCUCAGUUGGAGUUUCUAAACCUGAGUUCCAAUCCUCUAAAUCUGUCGGUUUUAGAGAGAACAUGCGCUGGGUCCUUCUCGGGGGUUCGCAAACUUGUCCUCAACAACAGCAAAGCAUCAUGGGAAACAGUGCACACGAUACUUCAGGAGUUACCAGAUUUGGAGGAGCUCUUCCUGUGCCUUAAUGACUAUGAAACAGUGUCUUGUCCUUCUGUCUGCUGUCAUUCCCUUAAGCUCCUACACAUCACAGACAAUAACCUCCAAGACUGGACUGAAAUCCGAAAGCUCGGGGUAAUGUUUCCUUCCCUGGAUACCCUGGUCCUGGCCAACAAUCACGUGAAUGCUAUCGAGGAACCUGCUGACUCCCUGGCUAGGUUGUUCCCUAAUCUGCGAUCCAUCAGCCUCCACAAGUCAGGUUUGCAGUCAUGGGAAGACAUUGACAAACUAAAUUCCUUCCCCAAGCUUGAAGAAGUGAGAUUGCUCGGAAUUCCUCUUCUGCAGCCAUAUACCACCGAGGAGCGCAGGAAACUGGUGGUGGCCAGACUGCCCUCUGUUUCCAAACUCAAUGGCAGCGUUGUGACUGAUGGAGAGCGAGAAGAUUCUGAGAGGUUUUUCAUCCGGUACUAUGUGGACGUCCCACAGGAGGAAGUGCCAUUCAGGUAUCAUGAACUCAUUACAAAAUACGGGAAGUUGGAGCCUUUGGCCGAAGUGGACCUGAGACCCCAGAGCAGCGCAAAGGUAGAAGUCCACUUUAAUGACCAAGUGGAAGAAAUGAGCAUCCGCCUGGACCAAACAGUAGCAGAACUGAAGAAACAACUAAAAACUCUAGUGCAGUUGCCCACGAGCAGCAUGCUUCUCUACUACUUUGACCACGAGGCCCCCUUCGGCCCGGAAGAGAUGAAGUACAGCUCCCGAGCCCUGCACUCUUUCGGCAUUAGGGAUGGAGAUAAAAUUUUUGUGGAAUCAAAAACAAAAUAACCUCUACCAGCCUUGUAAAAACUCACAUAAGGACUUCCUGCA